AUGCUAGAAAGGGAAAACCUUUAUGGAUCAAAUUUCAAUGACUGGUUUCAAGUCAUUAAAUUGCAGACACCCGUUGCUCCAGGUAUUAAUGCUGCAACUAGAGAGUUGGAAGCAUGCAUUGCUCAGUAUGAUAGAUAUAAUGAGGUCAUUGGUUUGUAUGACAUACUUAAUAAUCUUAAAUCUAUCUAUGGGAAACAAGCUGAAUCUGAAGUAUUUGAACUGAAUAAAACACUUCAUAGCUUACAUCACGAGCAAGGAACACCGAUCAGUCCUCAUAUCCUCAAGAUGAAGAGGUAUUUUGAGCAAUUAGAAAGGUUGAAUUAUGCUUAUCCAUCGCCUUUUAUAAUUGGCAUAAUUCUCAAGUCUUUAUCCAAGAACUUUGAGGAAUUUGUGCGCAAUUAUAAUAUGCAUAGCAUGGACACAACCAUUGCUAAACUUCAUGCCAUGGCGAAUGAGUAUGAAAAGAAGCUUCCAAAGAAGUCUGCUAUACCCCAAGUUCUCACGAUCAAGGGGGGAAAGGUCCACAAAGGGAAACAACCGAAGGGAAAGGGCAACAAGGAUAAAUGA